AUGGAUGCUCAGCAUGAACUAAUGAGGGGCAUAUGGGGAGGAGAUUUUGUGUCUCCAAUUAAAGAAGACUUGAUCAUUGGAGGUUUACGUGUUUUGGAUGUAGGUUGCGGGAGCGGUACUUGGUUGCUACAACUUGCUCGAGAUUAUCCAAUGAACCAUUACACGGGUAUCGACAUGUCCCCAGUAUUUCCAACGAACACCGAUCUACAAAAUGUGGAGUUUGUUCAGGCCGAUGUAUUACAAGGAAUACCCUUCGACGCGGAUUCAUUUGAUUUUGUGCACAUCAGGUUUCUCAACACCGCAUUUACCGAGCAACAAUGGGAAGAAAAGGUCAUCCCGGAAGUGACCAGAGUCACGAAACCCAAGAGAUGGUUGGAAUUAUGUGAAUUCGAUAUCGACGGUCAAUCUUUUGGACCCGCCUCUCGACGAAUGGUCACCACCCUGACAAGUUACCUUGCGUCGAAAGGAAUCAACGGUCUGAUCAGUGAAGAAAUUUCCGAAUUUUUGGAGUCAAUGGAAACGCUUGAAACCGUUUAUACAGAAGAAAGAUUUUCUGGUCUGGGGAAAUGGGCAGGACACUUGGGCGAUUUGGCCAUAAAAUCUUUUGUCUCCGCGUUUCGCGGUAUGAGAGAGUUACCCGGAUGGAUGGGCAUAGAAGAAGAAGAGUAUAACGAAAUGGUGAACAAGUAUUCUCGAGAGGUGGAAGACGUCCGCGUGCCGAGUGCAUGGUAUCCAUGGUCGCAAAUGUUAUUUAAGGAAUAUGUGUCGUUCGCCGUUCGUUCGCGAAGCAACCGACAAAUGAAUAGAAGAAACGAAGGUUUGCCACAGCACAUUCACGAGCCCGUGCCGAAGAGUCAAAAUGCACUUCUCAGAGAAUCAAUAGUUAUUGGAUUUCAUUUUAGUACAUGA